AUGGCAAAGUUGGAAAAAGCUGCAAAUGAUCUUGAUUUUUAUAAAAAUCGAGAUGAUACUCAUCCACAAAAUUUAAAUUAUGAACCUCCCGUCGAAGAUUUCUACGGACCAGUGGCAACAGAAUUGAGAUAUUGCACAGACGUAAUUUGUAUUAUUGUUUGGAUUAUAUUUUUGGGGUUUUCGUUUGCUUAUGGUUUUUAUGGUAAAAAAUUUUGCAAAACGAUUUAUAGCAUACUAAGAAUUUAAAUUAGAAAGGCUCUUUCGGAGUUCCGAUUUUAGAACUGACUUAUGUGGGAUUAAAUAAUUAGAGAAUAAACCUUAUGCUUAUUUUCUUGAUCCUGAUAAUUUAUUCGAUAUUGCGAUUUGCGUAGAGAAAUGUCCAAAUACUUUAGACUACGUAAUAUUUAAUUUUAAAGUAGACUGAAAAAAUUUGUUUAUACGAUAUUGAUGGGUAAACAAUAUUGGAAGAUUAUUGUUACGAUACUUACUAUACUGAUCCAUAUUUAGUUUAUUGUAUGCCCAUGGAAUUAGGAUAAAGAAGAAAUGCAAUAGAAAAAAUAAUAAACACUGAUAUUGAAAUAUUUAAAAGAAUAGCAGGCGAUUUUUGGAUAGUAUAAAUUUAUAAAAAAUUAGAAUAUUGAAUUAAUAAUUGGAGCAUUUGCUGUUUAGAUAGUAGUAGGAGUAAUCUUUGUUAUAAUUCUAUUGGGAAAAAGUAUAUUAUAGAAAAUAUCAUAGGAAUUGCUCAUAUGAUGGUGUGGGCAUUUGUAACUGGAUUUUGUGUUACAAUGGUAUUUUUGUCUAAAUAUUUGGAUGAAGAGAAAGGAAACACAAUUUAAAGAGACUGUCCAAUUGAUAUAUAAGAUCCCUAUUAAUGUGUAGCAGCACACCUAUAUUUAUUAGAAAUUACGAAGCAGACUUUGUUAUAUUUAAUUCCUGUUUAUGUAUUCUUUUUAAUAUUCUGUUUUCAUCAAAUUUUAAGAAUGAUUUAACUAAUGGAAUCAAUGCUUAAACCAUUAAAGUAAAUGCUUCAUGUAUUAUUAAUUCCCUUUUUUAUAUCAUUGUUAUAAACUGCCUUAGCAAUCCUAUUUAUUUUAGUAUUAAUUGGAGGUGUAAAUUCUGGAAGAACUGAAACAGUUCCAGCUCCGAAUGGAUUUUCGAGUACAGAUUAUAGAAAGGUUUAAUUUUAGAUAUGGUAAGAGAGAGGGUUUUAUGUUGUGUUAUUCUUUAUGCUUUGGACACUUUAAACUUUGUAUUAUUAUGUUCGCUGUUUUAUUGCUUGCAGUUGUUCAGUCUGGUAUUUCACUAGAGAUAAGAAUUACUUGAAUGCUCCUAUGUUAAGACCUCUUUGGUACACUAUUAGAUACCAUUUGGGAAGUUUCUUGAUGGGAGCUUUGCUGGUUCCUAUUUUAUGGAUUCCAAGCUCUCUAUUUUAUUAUUGGAAAAAUAUCUUAUUGUCCAUGCCAAGAAAAAGCUUUUUAUUGCACAUAUUAUUAUUUUUUUCAAUCCCAGGCUUUUGGUUUUAUGAGUAUUUAGGAAAAUACAUAAGUCAUAGAAACUUUAUGCAUAUCGCUACAUUCGGAGAAAGUUUUUGGAUGGCAGGCUAAAAGGUAUUUUAUUUGAGAGAAAGAAACUCAUCCAGAGUUGAAAUGAUGAGAAAGUCCCUUGGGUUUGUGAGACUUAUAGGAAUGUUAUUUAUUUCAUCAGUAGGGACAUAUUUAGUUUAUUAUUCUUUAUACUCAGAUUAAAUUGUUGAUAGAUAUGUAAUAGAUGUUAAAUAGGCUGUUCAUUUUCCCAUAGUACCAGCAAUAUAUGUUUUUUUGGUAGGAUUAUAUAUUUCACAAAACUUUUCAUCUAUUAUUGAUAUUAUUGCUGAGGUGACGAUUUUUGAUUUGGUAGCAGAAGAAGAAAUGUUUAUGGGUUAAUAAAGAUUUGGUGAUUAAGAUAUGCUUGAUAUUGUUAAUAAAUAUAGUAAAGAAAAGUAGAAAUCGGAUUUUGUUGUUACUAAUUAAGGAAAGAUAAAUCCAAUGAAUGAAGGGGCCAAUGCAAACGAACCUUUGAGUAAAUUCGAUUUGGGAAAUUUAAUGGAAUAAGAUGAAGAAGAGCCUGAGGAACCAGAAAUUCCAGAACCCCCAAUAGAGGAACCAAAAGAAUCUGUUAAAAGUGAUCAUGAUGAUGAAGAUGAAUUUGGAAAAGGAAAUGCAUUAGAUUUGGAUGAAUUAGGAGAUAUGAAUAAUAAAAAUAAUGAUGAGCAAUUUGAUGAUGAAGUAUUAUUUAUUUUAAAAUAUAUAUAGCUUGCUGAAUUUAACAGAUAAAGAGUUUAAGAUGCUAACAACAAAAAAAAAUUAGAAGAAGAUGUUAUCAAUUUAGAUAAAAAUAAAUAAUAAGCAGAUGGAGCAAAAAAGACAGAUAGAAAAAGAUUUUGA